GAUCAUCAAGCCCACAUCAGAGUCUAUUAUCGUGCCCUCUUCGUUAAUUUUAGUGCACGUUCCACUACUGUCUAGCUCACAAAGACGAUCAUCGCGCGCACGAUAAUGAUAUCAGGCCAAAAACACUGAACAGUGUCACAACAUUGAGCAGGCAAUCCACAUCAGCAAGUUAAUAUCAAUUGGCUGCUAAAACUCUAGGAUCUCUUUUCGCAUAUCAGCAAUUACUAACGAUGACGCGCAUUUAUCUUCUAAUCUUCUGUUACAUUUCUAAUCCUGCACUAAGCGAACCAGUUCUUUCGAAAUCUUUCGAUCCACCCCAUAGUUCGUGAUUUAACGUUGGAAUUAGAUGACGCAAAAUUCUCUCCAAUAUCUUCUCACUCCGAAGAAAGGAAAUUUCUUGCCUCAUAACGGCUUUUGUAAAACUCGACUGCAAUUGUCGUCAGCCUGCGCGCUUUCCAGAACUUCGCAGACGCGAGCUUCUUUCCGUAGAGCUACGUGGCUGAUGCAGGGCGACAAGUUUACCGAGGAUGAAGUGAUGUCUCGAGUUAUCCAGCUGGAGAGCCACGAGUCGUACUUCCCGGUGAACAGUAGAGCAGAGAUGUACUAUAAAGCUCGACCGGGCAAGCUCAUCCAGUGCGUGAUCGCCGCGUCCGUCCAUGGGCAAGGUCACGUGAACGUCGUGGAGGGUGGCUACAGGGCCAACAAAGUCCGGAUUAAUUACACCACGGAAAACGGCAAAGCAGACGUCUUUUACGUUUUUAUACAGACUGUGAAGAGGGAAGCGAUGUUCGUGGAUGAGAACUCGAGAUUAGGCAUCGUUUACGGACCCAUGAGAAGUUGGACCCUCGCGGAGAUACAGGAUUACUUUCGCAACAAUUCCGAUAUUUUUCCAUCGUAAUAGAAUGCGUCUGUUUUUUUUUUUUUU